AUGGCGACUCCAGCACAUUGCUUCUAUUGCUUCGAGAGCCUGGCUGCCGAGUAUGAUGGGAACGACCCCAUCAGCCUUACUACUGUGGAGGAACUAUGGGAAAGAUACGAACAGUUCAAGAAACUUUCCGAACUUCAAGUCAGCCAGGAGAACGAGGUCCCCGGCCAACAACCUAUAAACGAUGACGAAGCAUCAGGUCAAGGAGUGCAGACCACUUCUCGCCCUCAGACUAUUAAGAUCCCAGAAAUCGGCCGCCUGCAAGCCCAAGCGGCGUCGGAUUCUAGCGCGUCUACGACGCCAUCGGCGAUGUCCAACAAGUCAUCAAGCUCCAUCUUCUCGAGCGCUACCACAUCCAGCUCAAUAUCUUCACAGUCUGACACACCAGCCGGGGAACGACAGCGACUCAGCGAUCAGAGAUAUCCCUUGUUCGUUACAUGGAACACACUGUCAAAGAGCGGCCGCAAAUCCUUACGUGGGUGUAUCGGCACGUUUGAGGCGCAGGAACUCUCUCACGGUCUAAAAUCCUACGCUCUCACAUCAGCCUUCGAAGACACCCGCUUCUCCCCCAUCCCAGAAUCCCUCCUCCCCUCCCUCUCCUGCUCUCUAACCCUCCUAGGCACAUUCGAGCCCUGCACCAACGCCCUAGAUUGGACCCUCGGCACCCACGGCAUCCGCAUUUCAUUCAUCCACCGCGGUCGCCGCUUCGGCGCAACAUACCUCCCCGACGUCCCCGUCGAGCAAGGCUGGACGAAAGAAGAAACCAUCAAGUCCCUAAUGCACAAGGCUGGCUGGGACGGGUCUCACCAUGAAGGCAACACACAUCGGCGGUUCUUCCGCGGCAGUACCAGCAGCAACGCUCGGAGUGGUUCCUCGAACGCGAACUCGAAGCUUGAGCCGUGGGAGCAGGUCUCGGAUUUCCGUACAAUCAAGUAUCAGGGUCUCAAGGCGUCUGCUGACUAUGCCCAGUGGCAGGAGUGGCGUGAUUGGGUGCUCUCUCUGGAUGAUGGAAGUGGGAAGCUGUUGGCUUGA